AUGGCCGCCGUCGACUUCAACCUCUGCAUCGGGCACGCCGAGCCGCCGCAGCCCGUGGCGUGGAACCGCCGCGACCUCAUCCUCUACGCCCUCGGCAUCGGCGCCGGGCCUGAUGACCUGGCCUACGUGUACGAGGGCACGCGCGGCUUCCGCGCCGUUGGCACCUACCCGCUCGUGCUCGGCCUCAAGGGCGACGGCAACGACACCAACGUCUUCGCCGACAUGGUGGGCGGGCGCAGCGCCACGCCGGGCUUCCCGAAGCUGGACCCCAACACCAUCGUGCACGGCGAGCAGUCGAUCCAGGUGCUGGCGCCCAUCCCGCCCGUCGCCGAGCCCGGCUGGAAGCUGCGCAAGCGCAUCGUCGGCGUGCGCGACGCGCCCGAGAAGGGCAAGGGCCUCGUGCUCGAGACCGAGGUGCGCCUCGUCAGCCCCACGGGCCACACGCACGCCAUCAUGAUCGGCUCGGCAUUCUACCGCGGCGGCUCGCAGGGCACGGGCUUCAGCAAGCUCAUCGUCGAGAAGCCGGCCGCCGUCAAGCCGCCGGCGCGCAAGCCCGACUUUGAGCUCGAGGAGAAGACGUCGCCGGCACAGGCGGCGCUGUACCGCCUGAGCGGCGACUACAACCCCCUGCACAUCGACGAGAGCAUCGGCAAGCGCGGCGGCCUGCCCGGUGCGAUCCUGCACGGCCUCUGCUCUUACGGCCACGCCGCACGCGCCGUGCUGCGCAGCGUCAACCCGCAGGACGGCAAGGCCGACGCGCCCGUCACGUCGCUUCUGUCCAUCGCUGCGCGCUUCACGAGCCCAGUCAUGCCCGGCGACACGCUCGUCACGCAGGUGUGGACGGACAAGCAGGCCGACGGCACCGUCAAGGUCGCGUUCGAGCAGAGCGUCAAGGGCGGCAAGAAGAGCCUCGGCGGCGGCUCGGCGCUCCAUGGGAUGGGCGGAGCGAGAUAA